AUGGGAAUUUGUAUGACACAUCAAAUUCCGCUGAGUGUGGAGCAAACGGAAAUAUCGGAGCAGUUCUCGAAAUUCAGAAAGACUGACCAACGACCGCCAAUGACCAUUGAACACCAAACUUAUGAUUAUAAGCAGAACGAGGAAGAGCAAAGGGAUGAAUUGUUUGCCGUCAUCAGUUGCCCUCAUUCAAUAGGAUAUAAUAACGAUAAAAUUGCACUAGUCGAUAUUAAUCCGAAUAGUGCGCAAUAUUGUCAGAUUGUCACCGAAAUCGAUUUGCCAAGCAAAGGAAAUGAGCCGGGAAGAAUGAAUUGGUCGAAAUCGUCAGAAAACUUUAGUGAUAUUGACAAGAUACCUCGAACUCAUUUAAUCGUGCCUUGUAUGAAUUCAAACAAGAUCUACGUGAUCAACUUUGAAAAUAACACGUUCAAAAUCGAAAAGAUUAUAAGAAGCGAAGAUCUCUAUCGAUAUGAUCUCUCGUGCCCAUAUGCGGUCAACUCGCUUCCCAUAAAUGGUGCUCCGGUGCAUAUUUCGACGAUGGGCGACAAAAAUGGGCACGGAAAAGGCGAUUUCAUAUUAAUCGACCGUAAAACAUGGGGGCUUCGACCAAAAAGCGGAAACUCGUUUUCAAGUUUUGGCGGAAAUUUUUCAUUGCAACCACGCCACAACGUGAUAAUUUCGUGCGAAUGGGGACAACCGCGAUUGUUUCGCGAUGGCUUAUCGGCGAGUGAUCUAGAAAAUUUUUCCGAAUCUUUUGGAUCCACUAUUCACAUUUGGCAAAUAUCGCCAUCAAAGUUAAUUCAGUCGAUCGAAUUGAAUCCAAGUCAUGGAUGCCUUAUCACCGCGAUCAGAUUUUUGCAUAACAGCGAUUGUAAUCACGCUUUUGCUUGUUCAGCGAUUGGAGGAUCAAUAUUUCACCUUAAUAUGAACACAUUGACUGGCGAAUGGUUUGCGGAUCGUGUGGCCGAAAUUCCAUCGUUAAAGGUUGAGGGUUGGCAGAGUGAUGAGAUGCCAGCGUUACUAACCGAUAUGGUAAUUUCAAUGGAUGACAAGUGGAUGUACGUUUGCGGAUUUCUUCAUGGAAUCGUAUGGAGGUUCGACAUUCAAGAUCCAUUUCGAGUUACCCUCAAUACAAGGAUAAAUGUUGGCGGAAUUUUAUCGAUUUUUCCCGAUGUACGCGUGAAACCCGCCAACACGAUGGAGGAUCCUUGGUGGCUGCCGCCCGAAGUGCGCCAAACUCCGAAGAACACCGAAUUGCGCGCUGGGCCUGCAUUGAUGCAAUUAUCGAAAGACGGAGAGCGAUUGUACGCGAGCAAUUCAUUCUACAAAGCCUGGGAUGCUCAGUUUUAUCCUGAUCUUGUCACACAAGGUGGCCAAGUGGUUCGUAUCGACAUCACAGAAACAUCGAUGAAAUUGAACGAAAAAUUUUUAAUCGAUAUGAAGGAUUAUCCAAACGGGCCAUACGUCAUUCGCGACAUUCACUUCAUCGACGGCGACUGCACCAGCGAUUCAUUCUUAUAA